GCUCUUCAGCGUUUCUGUGCUUAGUUUGUUGCUGCAAACCCACAAGUCAACACAAAGUGACGCCUUUGUCACGUCGAGAAGCUGGUCAAACUGCUCGCGAACUCUGACGACCUUUGCUAAAUCGUUAAGGACGCCAUGACUGUUAUAAAUCAAUAGCAAGACACACUACCGCGGCUGUUUGCGGCAAUUGUGAAGCUCACGCACCAGAAUGCGGUCGAGUAUGGCGCUUGCGCUUGCCAUGUUGCUGGGGGCGCUUUUGCCCAGUGCAACAGGUCUGGAGACCGCCGGCAAAAGUGGGCGAAAGCUGCAGCAGGUCCGCUACCCACCAUGGGCUCCGUUCCCACCGGAAGCACCGGUAUCUACCACCUCACCACCUCCCCCGCCAUCGCCCAACCCGCCAACACCGCCGCGGCCCAGCCGGCCUCCUCGGGCGCCGCCUUCACCCCCAUCGCCACCAUCGCCGCCGCAGCGGCCUCCCUCCCCAAACCCAUCCCCCCCGCAACCUCCUCCGCGGCCGCCCUCACCUACCAACCCACCACCCCCCGCUCCUCCCUCGCCACCCCUGCCACCACCUGCGCCACCGUCACCGCCCGCGCCACCUCCAUCGCCCGCGCCUCCCUCCCCGCCUACGCGCCCCCCAUCGCCCCCGGCCCCAAGCCCGCUCCUCGCCAUUCCGCCCAGCCCGCCCGCGCCUCCUGCACCACCCCCGGCCCCCCCGUCACCCCCGGCGCCGCCUUCGCCUGCCCCCGCGCCGCCCUCCCCGCCACCCUCCCCACCUCCUACUCCGCCCCGUGCCCCGUGGCCCCCGCUGCCGCCUCCACGGCCUCCCAUCUACGCACGCAGCACCUCACAGACCGACAACGCGCUGAUCGGCGUGAUGGUGCCGCUGGGCAUUGGCGUGCUGGCGGCGGCGGGGUACGUGUGCUACAAGAUCGUGACCAUCCUGAGGGCGGGCGGCGGCGGCGGGUUCGGCGGCGCGUCCAAGCCGCGCGUGGACAUUGAGAUGGGCGUCAAGGGCGGCAAGAAGGCCGGCAAGCCGACGGUGACCGCCGAGGCAACAAGUGGCGGCGGCAACGUUUUCAACCCGCUUUUUGCUUGGAGGAAGAAGAAGGAUGCGGGCGCCGUUGCGGGCGGCGCGUCAGGGCCCAACGGCGUGGCGAGUGGGCGAGGCGCGGCGGGCGCAGGCGGUGCAGCGGGCCGGGCGCAGCGGCCAGCCCGGCGGCCGGUGGACUCGGAUUCGGAAAAGGGCUCGGAUGCGUCGGGGUCGGAGUCGGGCAGUGAGCCGGAGGAGAGCGGCGCGACGCAGGAUGCCCUCCUGCGCAAGGUGCGGGCCGGACCCGGCACCAGCACGACACCGCCCAAGCGGCCAGGCGCCCCGGCGGCGCCGGCGACGGGGCGCGGCCGCGGCGCCGCGCCGCCCAGCACCGCCGGCCGUCGGCCAGUGCCCCAGGACUCGGAGGACGAGAGCGGCUCUGGGAACGGCAGCGACAGCGGGAGCGAGGCAAGCGCACCGGCAGCGCCCGUGGGCCGCGGCCGCGGCGCUGCAGGGCGGGGAGGCGCUGCGCCCGCUGCGCCGGGGCGGGGAGCUCCGGCCGCGGCCCGCGGCCGUGGAGGCGCGGCGGCGGGCCGCGGCGCCGGGCGCCAGGUGGCGGCCAGCUCCGGGAGUGAGGAGUCGGGCAGCGGCAGUGAGGAUGAGCCGCCGCCGCGGCGGCCGGCGGCACGGGCGCCGGCGGCGCGGGGCCGCCGAUAGGCGUUUGCCCACGUGCCAGCGCUUCGGCCCACAUGAAGACCGGCUGAGCUGAGGAUUUGCGUUGGGUUGGUUGCAAGUCUAGCACUUGACCAGGCCAUCGAGAGAGUAUGUACGGGCGCCGCACUGGUGUGGCUAGCCAAGCUUACUGACCUGCCAGGCCUGGCACGUGCAUGAGUCGUGUUUGUCGGGCUUGGUAUGAUAGGUUGGCAAGGUGUCCCCGGGGCCUGAGGCGGUCCUCGAACUGUCCAUGUAACCUUGCAUCCGUGAACGGUAGAUGUUAAUUGCAUUCUGGGGGAGUGCCAUUUAUGUGUCCUCGUCCAGGCACCGUAACGGUGUCAAGGGGGCCUGCGAAAUGGGCACCGUGCCAAUUGCCUCAGGGUGGCAUGCCAUGUGGCUGCCGAUUGCUGUCAAGUGGGCAAUGUUUGGAAUGCGUGUGAUGGGACUGAGUGCACCGGGCGCCGCCCUGGCGCCAAAACUGUGGGUUGGAUUAAUGAGAUGGGAUGUUCCGUUUGGUGGCAUGACUUGCUAACGAGCGGCCCUGUAACAAAGGCAAUGGUGCCCAACUGCCUGUUUGCCGGGAAGCACGGGUGGCUGGGGCGAUCUGACCGCGCGUUGUCAGGGGAGUGGCAACUGAACCUGCACGCGUCCAUUUCGCAGCCACCGGGACGGAUCAGGAUUCAAUCCUGGCAGAGUGUUCCUGCAGAACCUCUGCGUAUAAAUGACCAUGACAUCUGAACAUGCUAUCUCUGUAGAACGAGAA